UUGUCUAUCGCCAAAGCCAUUGCCAAAUACAUACUUAACUCACUGUCGCAUAACGAUAAGGUCGGCUUAAUAUCGCUCUCAAGUGAUAUCAGUUACCCCAAUAGCGACACGUGUCUCACCAAACGUAUGGCCAACGCCAACAUUGAGACCAAAUACCACUUCCAGAGGUUUAUCGAUGGUCUCCAGCGGACCAAUGAGAAUACGAAUCACGUUUGGGGACUCAAAAAGGCCUUUCAAAUGAUUGCCAACACUUUUCAGGACACAAAUACCAAUGAGCUUAACCCGAGCCCAUCCGAAGCGCUUAUCGUUUAUAUAAGUCGCGGCCUAUUGUCCGCCUUAACCGACGCCCGCCUUGUGAUGGAAUUGAUAGCCAAAGAGAUAAACAAUAGUUACGAAAAUAACUACUCGUUUGUGAUAAACUCAUACGCGCUGAUCGACGACACGAAACCCGUUAUGUAUGAAAUCGAUUUUCUCCGAGAGAUCGCAGAAAUGAAUUUUCCAAAGUUUAACGUCUUAUCGCCGGAUCCGAUCAGAAUUAGGCCGGGUAUUAUGGUGGCCGUCAACUCGACCGAGAACUUGAGCUUCACGUUGGGCGGCAUCCAUGCGGUGCUGACCCGACCCACGCACUCAUCUAUUUAUAUAUCGCUUCCUUAUUGGGAUGUCAUCAGCAAAGAUGUACACAUAGCUGUCAGUAAGUCAGUCAUACAUAGGGGACAACUGAUUGGAGUGAUAGCUCUGGACAUAUCGUUGUCAGACCUGUCCGAAGACAUUAUCCAUUAUGAGGUCUCUCCGGACUCCUACGCCUUCCUCAUCGAGAAGAGUAAUGGCAUUGCUAUACAUCACCCGUCGUUUAGUCCGCCAUCGCUGCAAACGCACGACCAACUGAUCCAUACGGACAUCGAACACAUCGAACAAAAGGCUGGCUUUCAAACCAUUCGGACAAAGAUAUUGAAGAAUACCAAAGGAAUGGAAGCGCUUAUUGCGGACGACAAGAACAAAACACAUUUAACUUAUUAUUGGCGUCGAGUCCACUCUUCGCCAUAUAUUGUAGUCAUCGCUGCCUAUAAUAACGUCGAUCGCAGACAUACCAUAACCUCUCCGCUCGCCAAAGACGCCCACUUUGCGUACCAUCGGCUGGACCUGAACGCCAGUCCACCCAAACUUUGUCGGCAUUUAAAACAAUUGGCGACAAUUGAAACGGCGACUCUAUUCCUGUCUUCCAAAGCAUUCAUCUCUCCGUUCGCUAACGAUAUGCUCGAAGAGAGCACUCAUAUUGUGCAGCGAUAUAUGGCUUAUCUGAAUGACAACACGAAACUGAUCGCCAAUCCGGGCCUUAAGGGUGCGGUGAGGGGUGAAGUGCAUGCCGUCACUCGUGUCACUCAGUACUGGAAGUCGAAACUGGAGUCAAGCGAAAUGUCCAAAUUUAUUGUCAGGAAAUAUAUGGCGACACCCAAUGGUGUGUUCCUACUAUUCCCGGGCGCUCUCAUUGACAAGUCCUUCGAACCCACGCGACGGGAAUGGUAUUUGAAAGCCGUGAAGAAUGCCGGGAAGAUUGUGUUCACCGCUCCGUAUCUGGAUGUGGGCGGCGCCGGCUAUAUAGUGACCCUCAGCCACACUAUACACGCCCAGAACGGCGACCCCAACGCUGUGGCCGUGAUUGCCAUGGAUUUUACAUUAGGGUAUUUUCAUAAGUUCCUGCAGACGCACAUGGGAUCCAUUUGCAGGACAGAGCAGAUCGCGUGCUUCAUAAUGGACGACAGGGGUUACCUCAUCGCUCACCCCUCGCUCGUCGAGCCCAUACAGUUGGCACCG